AUGGACCCCUCGCACCGCAAAAUCGAACUCCAAUCCCCCUCCGACUUAACCUACCUCACAUCCCGCAUCCGCACAGCCGCGCGCCAAAAACUCGAUCUCCACCUGCCCCCCGUCCCCUCCUCAGACACAAACCCCAACGCACCCGACGAACUACGUCGCUCCGUCGAAGACCUCGUCGACAUAUUCGUUGCGCAUGUUUUACAGGGAAUGCGGCAUAACAUUAGCAUAAACGGUAUCGACGUUGUGUCCUCUCAAGGAGAUGAGGGGGAGCGGAUGGAUGGGAUAGUAAAUGGAGACGGAGGAGGAGAAGGCGGGUCAAUGGUGGAGAAGGAGGAGUAUGAAGUUUUUGAUGAAAAGUUGCGGGGAGAGCUGAGUGCAAUGGUAGCGAGGCGCGAUGCACUUGUUGGUAAGAUCAGUCAGCAAAGAAGGACGACGCCCAAGGUUGCGGCCGAGGAGUGGAUGAGGGCAUUUGAGGAAGAGGGCAGAGUUUGGGCGGAGAUGACUGAGUCGUUGAGGAAAGAGGCUGCUGGGGUGGGUGGUGGAAAUGCGGGUAAUGGAGUUGCGGGAAUUGCAGAUGUAGAGACGAUACAGAGACAAGAAGAGGUUGAGAGGAAUUGGGAGAAGGCGGUGCAGGCACUGCAGAGGUUGAACAAGGGAGUAAAGAUGCUUUCGCCGGCUCGUUUGUCGAUGUUGCCGGGUGGUAUUAGGGAGCUUGCGGCCAGCUCGCGCACGGGAUCGCUAUGUCGAACUGGCGCUUUGAUAAGCAGCAAAUAUGGCAAGAGCUUGGAACAAAGAAGGACAAUUACUAUUGAGCAGUUGGAUAAAGCGAGAGACAGUAAGUACUCCCCAUUACCAACCUCCUCGCAAGAUGAUACUUUUCUCUGGCAGGAGGAGAACUUGUUUACUAACAACUUCCUCUCAGACCGCGAGCGCGUAGUCAUUCUAGGAUCAGGAUGGGCAGGUUUCACAGUCGCACGCUCUCUCGACUCCUCAAAAUUCCAAACCUUGGUCGUAUCCCCCCGUUCCUACUUCGCCUUCACCCCUCUCCUGGCGUCCACCGCUGUCGGCACGCUGGAAUUCCGAACUGCGCUAGAACCCGUGCGGAGCCGACGAACGAAAGUCGACUUUUUUCAGGGAUGGGCUGAUGAUGUGGAUUUCAAGAAUAAGACGAUUACCAUUGAAGAGGCGGUUGAUGAUCCGAAACAAGGUGUUGCACUAACUACAGAUCGACACGCUGGACAAUCACCGGAAGAAAGAGCUGCGGAGAAGAAGAAGGAGGCGAAAGUGGGAAAAUUGUUUGAUGUGGAGUAUGAUAAAUUGAUUGUGACGGUGGGAUGUUAUAGUCAAACGUUCGGCACGCCGGGUGUCAAGGAACACGCCUUCUUCCUCAAAGAUGUAGGCGACGCACGCAGAAUCCGGAAUCGCAUCCUGGCCUGCUUUGAAGGCGCGGCUUUACCCACGACUUCCAUCGAGAUGAAGAAGCAGUUGCUCAAUUUUGCUGUUGUUGGGGGUGGACCUACGGGUAUCGAGUUCAGCGCCGAGUUGCACGAUCUGAUCAACGAGGAUAUGAAGAGACUAUAUCCGGAAUUAGUUCAGUACCACAAGAUCACUGUCUACGAUGUCGCAGAGAAAGUGCUCCCUAUGUUUGACAAGAAACUCGCGGGGUAUGCGAUGCAGAAGUUCAAGCGCAAGGGCAUUGACAUUAAGACGAGUCAUCAUGUGGAGGAGUUGAGACCGGGGGCGCCGGCUGAGAGGAGCUUUUCAGAUGAUGUAAACGACUACCAUUUGUACACACUCAAGAUCAAAGAGGAGGGUGAGAUUGGUGUUGGCAUGUGUGUUUGGAGCACAGGACUGAUGCAAAACCCCUUCGUUCAUCACGCCCUCUCUUCCGUCCGCGAAGCGCCCACAGAUCUCUUCCUACCCUCAUCUGCCGACCAACCCUCCACCCCCGACAAAGAAGUGAAAUGGAUAGUGAAGAAACAUCCCAAAUCUGGCUCCAUAAUAACCGACGACCACCUGCGCAUCAAACUCAUUCCCUCGUCCUCUUCCUCUACCUCUUCCUCACCAUCCACCAAAGAAGCAGGAGGAGAUACCUCCAACAAAACCGAAGCAAUCCACCCCUCCGUCUUCGCCCUCGGCGACUGCGGAAUAAUAGAAUCAACAACCUACCCCGCCACCGCACAAGUCGCCUCCCAAAAAGCCUUUUGGCUAGCCAAACGUCUCAACAAAGGCGACCUAUCCCCUUCUUCCCCCUCAGAGUCUAAAGGCUUCACAUACCGUGACCUCGGUACCCUGGCCUAUAUCGGCAACUGGAAUGCGUUGUUCCAAGGGGGCGGAAAGUGGGGUGGGAGGUUGCAGGGCUAUGUAGCGUGGAUUAUUUGGAGGGGAGCGUAUUUGACGCGGACGGUUAGUUGGAGGAAUAAGGUUCUUGUGCCGGUUUAUUGGGUUGUUAAUUGGAUUUUUGGGAGGGAUGUUAGCCGGUUUUAG